UCGUGUCACAGCUCAGUUAUGCAAAAGGCCUCUUUAACAGAUAGGUGUUUGAGGAUUUAUUGGAGCCGUUAUUAAGAUAUGGGGGUUAUAAAUAAACAUGCAUUGUGUUCCAUGUUCUUUUUUUCGGCUUGUGUCCUUUCUGACUCGCAGGGAAAGUACCAUGGGAAACAAGGAAAUUCAAUUCCACCUGCAACUGGGCUUGGAGUCAAAGAACAUUUCCAGAUCGUCUCCCAGCACAACAGACUCCGGAGCAGAGUCCACCCGGCCCCUGCAAAUAUGCAGAAAAUGGACUGGAGUGAGAAGCUGGCUGUGCUGGCCCAUGAAAGAGCAUCCUCCUGUCCCCUAAACCCUGCCCUAGAAGAGGGACACUCUGACCACAUGGGCUGGAAUAUCCAUGACUUCACCCCUGGGGCCGCCUCCUUUACUGAGGUCAUCGACCUGUGGUUCCACGAAGGGCAGGACUACAACUACAACAGUGGCCAUUGCAGGCAGAACAGCACCUGCCAACACUACACACAGCUGGUGUGGGCCACCUCCAGUCGGCUGGGUUGUGCGCGGCACUUGUGCAAGAAGGGUGGAGCCAGCAAGGAGGUGUUUGCAUGUGCCUACUCACCAGGGGGAAACUGGGAGGUGAACGGCAGGCUGGUUUUGCCCUAUAAGAAAGGCCCCUACUGCUCUCUCUGCACCUCGGGAAUGUCUGGCUGCUUCAAACUGUGGGACCACAUCGCGGGGCUCUGUGAGAUCCCUCGGAACCCGUGCAGGAUGAGCUGUGGGCUCCAUGGCUGGCUGAACAUCUCCUCCUGUCACUGCGAGUGUGCUCCUGGAUUCACUGGCCGCUUCUGCCAGGUGAAGUGUAGCGUGCAGUGUGUGCACGGACGGUACCGGGAGGAGGAGUGUUCAUGCGUGUGUGACGUGGGAUACGGGGGAGCGGAGUGCGCAGAGAAGCUGGAGUUCCCGUUUCACAGCUGCGAUGUCCGGAUCGACGGGGAGUGCUUCAUGGUGUCUCCAGGGGCUGAGAACUACUACGGGGCAAAGAUGAAGUGCCAGGAGAAAGGAGGAGUUUUAGCACAGAUAAAGAAUCAGAAGGUUCAGGACAUCCUGGCUUUUUAUCUCGGCCAAUUAGAAACCACCAAUGAGGUCACUGACCCCGACUUUGAAACAAAGAACUUCUGGAUUGGUCUGACUUAUAAAAUGUCAAAGGAUUCAUUUCGCUGGGACACUGGAGAGAGCCCCUCCUUCACCAGCUUUGCCAUCGGACAGCCGGAUAACCAGGGGUUUGGGAACUGUGUGGAAAUGCAGACGGCUAGUGCUUUUAACUGGAACGACCAGCGCUGUAAAACACGCAACAGAUACAUAUGCCAGUUCGCACCGGAGCACAUAGCCCUGUGGGAGAUUACGCGGUGAGACAUGCACAAGUUCAGAUGAAGCUUGGAGACCCUAGGGGGCAGUAUGGGGCAAGUUUUGCCAUCCAGCUGAACGAACUACACACUGAUGAUGUUAACCACUGUAUCUUGCCAGGACAGACACACUACUGUGGAAUGUUUGAUUUGGUCUUACAGUAGCAUUCUGUGUAAAGCAAAGCAAUGAGGUUAAUGAAGCUCGCCUACAGUGGCAUUGCACCUCAAUGAGUAUUAUAGUGUGCCAUUUAUAGUCUUGUACCCUGAGUGGUAUUGAUAACAUGUAUUGUUGUAAGCUGUUCCAGAACUCUACAGCUUUAAAAUUAUCCGCAAUGCUAUACCCGUACUUCAGCUCCUGUAACUCUGGCUGAGAUGAGUAACAGUGCCAUUAUUACGAUCUUUGAUACUGUAGAAAAAUGUAGCUUGCUAGAAGUGCUACUUGAGUCACUAUAGUUGCCUGGGGUAAGCCCUGGGCACAUGCUUCUGGUGAAAUACAUAAACUGUGUCAAUGUGGUACAGUGACAGUUUCUUCUUAGUUCCUCUGAAAACUGUUUGACACUGAGGGUUACUUUUCCCCUUUUUUACAGGUAAAGAUGCAAAAUGUCAAAUGCCUGUUCUUCAACAUAAGGCAUGUCAAAAUAUAUAUUAUUUCACGACAGUUUAAUUUUGAUAAAAACUACAGUAAGCACAGAGAAGGGAAAGAUGUGAAAAAUGCGUUAUAUUCUUGUGUGGUAUACUGUACUUGUAGCAUACUCCACUUCAAUCAAUAUAGGUGCGUAUGGCUAUUUUGUAUAUAGCCUGUGUUAGGUAAGCUGUUAGCUGAGUUCAGGACUUCAGUUUCUUUUCUAGUAGAGUCACCAAUGUCCUUUGCAGUGGUCAGAUCCAGAACCAUCUUGUGCAUGACUACUGCAUAUUGCCAGCCAUGUAUUGAAAGAAAGUUGGUUCACAGUAGCUGUGCACUAGAUGGCACUAUCUGACUGCAGAUCCAUUGAUUCACGCAUGCAAAGGAAAGGAAUAAAAUCUUGGCUCUGAAAGCAGCCCAAAGCUAAAUACUGUAUUUGAGCAAUAGCUUCUGAAUAAUUGCAAGCAUAGCAAAAUGUAAAGGUGUCAGUAAAAACAAACAAAAGGCUAUUAACUCUUGUAACAUUUUUACUAGCGCUGUUGUCACCAAUGCGCUGAUUUGUACUGGUAGUUGUAACUUUUCUAUAGACUUUUUGAAAGUUAAUUAAAUAAACAAUGAGACUGUGUAGAAGUUUCCCUGUCUAUCACUUUCAGAAAAUUGUAUUUAUUUUGUAUCUUUCUUACUCACCACAGUAAUACAGUAAGAAAACUAUCUGAAGUGAUCAUCUACAAUUUAGUAAGAUAUCUUUCCUGUUUAAUAUCUAAUUAUGUGGGCUCUGUUUAACUGUGUUUUAUGCUUAUUAGAUCAUUAUUUACCAUGAAAGUUAGGGCUGUGCAGACGCAUGGACUUUCUGAGUAAUUCAUUUUAAGAUGUUUUUUGUCGGCAGAUAUUAAAGGAUACAAACAAGUCUGUUAACGAAUGUGUUAAUUUCACAACAAAAAAGCUGCCUUCCCUCACCUUUACAGUUACCUAUCAAUGGCAAUUAAGUUCCACACUGAGCGAUUUAAAAGCCAAUUCCUUUCACCGUGACAUUUUUACUUCCUUACAGAGGCUGUUAACUGACCAUGAAAAUACGUUUUGAAAUGUGUUAUAAUCUUAUUUUCAUCCAUGGGUGUUUAGAGGCAUUAUAUGAACUAAUGCAAGUUUCUCAUUGCAAAACACACACAGAAAUGGGAGAUUUGACAGAGGCAGUUUGGAAAAUGACUGGGUAGAAAACUAAAAACAGGAUAGAGAGUGUGAAGUAAUGAAGGGAUAUUUAUAUGUCAACCUUAUCACGUUACUCACAAGCAUUAGCAUCAAUGAAAAAGAAGAAGCUGGUUUUCAGUGUUAUUUGUAGUAACACACAAGGACGGUUUUAGCAAACCAGGACACUUUUAUAUUGUUAAAAAGUGCUGUACAUUAAGAAACGUGCAAGGUGUCCCUUAAAAAUAACUAACAGUUAAUACUGUAGGAGAAAGUAUUAAACUCAUCUCGUCACACUCACUGUCUUUGACAAGAACUACAUGAAACAUCAAGUAAAUGUGUGUGAGAUUAUACAGUUUGUAUCCAUUAUCUUGGAUCUUUGCUUCUAUUAAGGCUUGUGACUCUUACUUCUUAUGUAUACCGUUCAUAACCACCCCGACUGGCUGUUAAUAGAUAAUCAUUCCCACAUUUCUAGUUGAAUUGUUCUUUCUUGAACCCAAGUUGUUUCUUUCUGUUGCUGUUGCUCUUGCUUCAAGUUUGAUGCUCUGUAAGUAUUUUGUUUCCUCCAUUCUCUUCAUGAAUUACAAUCUACCAUUACCAAAUAAAUAACGUAA